AUGGCCUCUGGUGGUUUCACAGCUCCUCUGCCUUCAAUAUUUACUGGAGAAAACUAUGAUUUCUGGGCUGCAAAGAUGAAAGCAUAUUUGAGAGCUUAUGAUUUAUGGGAAAUCACAGAAAAUGGAACUGAACCUCCACCACUUAGAGCAAAUCCCACAAUUGCACAGCUGAAGCAACAGAGUGAGGAGAUUGCUAAGAAAUUUAAGGCUCUUUCUUGUAUACAAUCUGCUGUCUCGGAUGCCAUUUUCACAAGGAUUAUAACUUGUGAAUCUGCAAAAGAAGCCUGGGAUAGGCUAAGGGAGGAAUUUCGAGGCAAUGAAAGGACAAGACAGAUGCAAGUGCUGAACCUAAGAAGGGAGUUUGAAACUCUGAAGAUGAAGGAAUCAGAAAUUGUCAAAGAAUUUACUGAUAGACUGAUGAAGAUAGUUAACCAAAUUAGGUUGCUAAGUGAUGACUUGCCAGACAGGAGAGUAGUAGAGAAGGUCUUGAUCAGCUUGCCCGAAAAAUUUGAAGCUAAGAUCUCCUCACUCGAAGAUUCGAGGGACCUGGCUAGUAUGUCUUUGUCUGAGCUUGUCAAUGCUCUUCAAGCCACAGAGCAAAGAAGAUUGAUCAGACAAGAAGAACAAGUCGAGGGAGCCUUGGUUGCUAAAGGAAAAUACAAAGCACAAACUAGUUAUGGGAUGAAGAAACCAUUUACUGAGAAGAAGGGUGCUGAAUGCAGCAAGAAUCCUGUUGAAAGAAAGAAGUAUCCACCAUGUCCUCAUU